AUGACAACGGCUCCGCCAUUAGAAGAAGACAAAGGAGUCCUGAAAUCUGGAGUUGUAACUGCCGCUUUCGCUCCCGUGAAGUCAAAGAAAAACUUUUAUGCGGUGUUGAGUGAACGAGCGCUGGAGCUUCAUGAUAGCGAAAAGUAUUACAGGAAGCGGAAGCCGCCGCGACAUCUCGUGGAUCUUUCGGUGGCCUUUAAUGUUCAUAAUGAUCAUUUGGAUGCUAAACUCAAAAAAUGUGUCUGUUUGAUGGGCCCCGACGACACUUUAUGCAUCCGAGCAGAGAAUGAGGCUAUGAACCUGGAAUGGUAUGAAUCAAUUCUUCGAGCUGUUAUUCCGUCACGAGCUUUUAAGCUCUGCCGUCCGGUCCAAGUCGGUGAAUUUUUCGAAAAUGCUUGGGAUGUCGAGAUUGUUCUGUACCCUAAGCUUCGACGAAUUCUUAAUACUGACGACGUUUUACCUAGCAUGUGUGAUAGGCAACCUGAUUUGAAGCCAGGAAAGCGAAGAUUGUGUUUCUAUCCACAUACGAUUGUUUUAUGUAAAAAGAGAAUUGAACCUGCUACAAUUGGAAUUCCUCCAUCUGGUAUUCCUCCCUUCCCGACUGAAUCUUUUAUUGAAUUACCGAGAAUGUUCAUUGCUUUUUUCGGAAGUCAAGAGAAGUAUUUCUUAAUAAGAAUGGGAAGAGGUUCACCUACUGGUGCUUGUGAACUAUGGGCUCAAUGUGAAUCAGAGGAGGUUGCAAACGAUAUGCAUUCUAAACUAAAUUAUAUUAUUGAAAGGGAAACCGAAAAAAAGAAGAAAAUGAACGGAGGGGAUAAUCUCCCGACAUUAAGAUCUCAUCAUCGUGAACGUUCACAUACUCAGCCUCUUCAUAUGAGAUGUAACUCAACUGGACUUGAAAGUACUGAAGAGGAAGUUUCUUCUAUAAUUGUGCCUGCACCUGCUUAUGUCUCAGCCAGAGAUCGUCGGGCUAUGUUACGAGACUGCAAAGCUUUGAUAGACUCUUUCGAAGAGGAAAGUAACAGAAGUCCUGUCCAAUGUGCUAGACUAACAUCCAUACGUCCUCGUGGCUCUCUGGGAAAUCCAUCUGCUACUCAGAUGGAGCUUCUCGGGAGGCGCAAAUGUUCUCCAGUCGAAUCUACCAGUACAAUAGGACGUAAAAUAUCUCAUCAGGGAAUGAAUCCAAGUGGUUCGUUCUCUGCUCGUUGCUCAACGAUAUCUACAGGUUCAUCAGAAGCUAGGAGUAGUGGUUAUAGUCCUGCUUGGAAUAUUUUCCCCCCAACUGGUCGAAGAUCAUCCAACACUUCGAGUAUUAAGGAAGAAAGUACGUAUCAAGAAAUGGCCCCAUUAAGUACUACAUCAACGGAAGAAACAGAAGACAGUGGAGGAACGUUGAGAUGUGAGAAUGGGAGCACAAGGGAGGAACAAGAAUCCACCAGGAGCUCUCAACAUUCUCUGAUAAUCGCAGAAGCCACUAUAGAACAUCGGAUGAAGGAUGUAUCCUCUUCCGAUAAUGAUGAAAGAAGUUCUGUUGGGGGUGUCAGUCGGUUGAGCGCUGAAACCCAAGAGGACUAUACACCUAUGGAUAUUGCCGAUUGGCACUUCGGAAGUAAUAGCCAUCUUAUAGUCCCUCCGCAGUAUGAUCGAGAAAGCUGCUAUUCAUCUAUGGCCGCUAACAGUAGUUCUCAUGGUCAAACAUCACAAUCAAAUCCUCCUAGAGCUUAUUCAUUUGGUGGACGAGGAAAUUUGAAGCCUGCUAAUCUGUCUGUGGCAAUUCCAGCGGAUUCCUCGAUUCCUGAUUGCAAUGAAGCUUCAACGAGUCUGGUUCCACCAUAUGAUGAUCCGCGGAAAAGAGCUUUUUCAUUGGGUAGUAAAAGCUUUUUCCCAAGACCCUUCAAAAAGACGUCACACACCAACAGGGCGCAGAGAUUAUCACAAACAUCUGCGGGAUCCUCAGGAGCUUCCUGUUUUGGUCCAUCAUCAUCUAGCACGAAUCACUUAGUUAAUGCUGUGGAUAAAGAAGGAGAAUAUUCGAGAAACAGGUCGGAAAGCUUUGGAUCGGGUCGGUCGACUCCUUAUACACGGCGAGUCAUUCAUUCUAAUGACCAACAUGUUGAAAUGGAUUUCGGUGGCAUAGGAAGGUCUGGAAGUGGUUCUGUGGCAAGCAUCGAUAGUCCUACGAGGUCGCGAACGUCAUCUUUAUGCUCAGGAAGGAAAGAAGAUUAUUUCCAUAACACUGAAGUGUUAGAGGGGGAAGACGUGGCUAAACCUCGUCGAACAAUUCUACAGCCAGUGGAUAGUAAGAGUCACGAGGAUAGAAGGAUGCAGAGAAUGGAAGUAGCAGAUGCCGGAGAUUACGUAUUAACGGAAUGUAUAUCAUCACAAUACCAAGCCAGCACUUCCCACCCCGCAGCAAUUAUAGAGUAA